AUGGCCGGCAACUCGUGCUAUGUAGGUCGACUUGAAAGUACGAAGCUUAUUGUGGAAUACCCGGUCGAUAUAAUUCUCGACUACUGGCGGCACGAGGUAUCCGAAGAAGCCCCAACGGGCAGCGAUCUGAGUCCCGCCAUGAUCUCUAUGGCACGAACAUUGACUGGAGGCCAGGUCAGGCACCACUUCAGUUACUACGAAGCCGACGAAGAAAACGUGACGGAAUACUUACAGAGUUUCUUGGAUUGGAUCAGACUGCUAUAUGUACUUUCCAAACAUGUAACAGAAGAUGGCACAAUCAGGUACGAUUUUUGUCAAGCUGGAACUGGUUGGAAAGUCUUUGGAGCUCUUGUGUCCCGCUUCUUCCACAAAUGGGCAAUGUUUCGUAUCAAGGAUGGAUCUUAUGGCCUCGGCUCUGUCUGUCUACGAGAAGGAGAUCUUAUCGUGGUUUUAGAAGGAGCAUACACGCCAGUUGCGCUACGCCGCCGGGGCGAGAACUACCUUCUUCUAGGCCAGGUGUACAAGGACGAGAUCAUGAAUGGAGAGAUAAUCGAGGAGAUGGAGAAAGGAAUCCGGAAACGACAGCAGUUUUGUCUCGUCUAA